AUAAAGCCAAGACGCUGCAGUCAGUUGUUUAGGACUGAAGAGAGAGUAAAAGCGAGAUGUCAGACAGCGGCAGAUCAGUCGCCCUGCUGUCAUAUGAGACACUUGUGCAUGCGGUGGCAGGCGCAAUGGGCAGUGUGACAGCAAUGACAGUGUUUUUCCCUCUGGACACAGCCAGGAUCAGACUUCAGGUGGAUGAGAACCGGAAGUCCCAGUCCACCCCCAUUAUCCUGGCUGAGAUUGCGAAGGAGGAAGGCAUAUUGUCUCUGUAUCGAGGCUGGUUUCCGGUCAUUUCUAGCCUGUGCUGCUCUAACUUUGUCUACUUCUACACAUUCAACACCCUGAAGAGAGCGAUGGUCUCAGACCGGCCCAAGCCUGCCACAGAUUUGCUCAUGGGCUUCAUAUCAGGCGCUGUUAAUGUUCUCCUGACGACUCCCAUGUGGGUGGUGAACACACGGCUGAAGCUGCAGGGGGCAAAGUUCAGGAACGAAGAGCUCCAUCAGACACACUAUAAGGGCAUAUUUGACGCCUUCUCCCAGAUUAUAUCCAGCGAGGGAGUGGGAGCGCUGUGGAACGGGACGCUGCCGUCUCUCGUGCUGGUGUUCAACCCCGCCGUGCAGUUCAUGUUCUACGAGGCUAUGAAACGAAGAGCGGGACGUGGAGGCAGGAAGAUUUCAUCCCUUGAGAUCUUUCUCAUCGGUGCCGUCGCCAAAGCUGUCGCAACAUCUGCAACGUAUCCCCUGCAAACGGUUCAGGCCAUUCUGAGGUUUGGCCAGUAUAAAUCAGAUGGUAAAGGUGGUCUAGUGGGCAGCCUGAGGAACGUGGUGUCUUUGCUCAUGGACCGGAUCAGGAGGCACGGGCCGCUGGGCUUGUAUAAAGGCCUGGAGGCGAAGCUUCUGCAGACGGUGCUGACGGCGGCCCUCAUGUUCGUGGUGUACGAGAAGAUCACCGCUGCCACCUUCAAACUCAUGGGCCUUCAGAGGAAACUCAAGCACUGAGACACCGGAGCCUUCAGUCAUGACUACCUCUCUAACACACACACACACACCCUCAGGAGGACCUCCACAUAUCCCAUCAGCCACUGCUCCACUAGCAUGCUUCAGUCCCGCCUUAACACAGGUCAGUUUAAAGCAAGAAAAGAGGCUUUGGUUUUUAACAUGUUGCUUAAAAAAAACAAGUUUACAUGAUCAAGUUUAUUUGAUCAGAAUCUUAGAGAAGAUGAGAGGUUUACUGAUUCUUUUAAAACGUCUUAACCCAAAGCAAAUCCGGAGUGUUUCUGAAUUUAAAGGUGAUGGUCAAGAGCAAAAUUAUUUCCUUUUAGUCAUUUACUCACUCUGAUGUCAUUUCAAAUCAGUGCUAAAACCAAGGACCCUUUGCACAUCUCCGGGACUCUCAGAAGUGGAUCGUUAUAGUGGAUGGCGGCGGCAAAUAUACAUUUUUAUUCACAUUUGCCUGUUAUAGAUGUUGAGAUGUAAGAUGUCGAAUUUGCCGUUGUGUUUUGAACACCCGCACAGUGGAGUUAAUUUAGUUUUUGUCAUUAACAGCCAAUGUAUUAUAACUAAUACCUUAAAGGGGUCAGGAACUGGCUUUUUAAAUUGUAUUAUAUUGUUGUCUGAGGUCAACUUAUGACGUUCGCUUGGUUUUUAGAUUCAAAA